UCAUUACGAAGCUUUCCACUGCUACACUACCAACCCCAGUGCUGGAAUUACUAUAUAGACUCCAAAGUUUUGGGCUUUUUGUAGAAUUGAAAACUAAUACAAAAACUGAUUGGGUGAUGUUGGUGAAUGUAUCUGUGCAUUAUGUAUGUGUUAUUGUUUUGAAGAUGAGAGUUAUGAAUUGUUUGAUCUACUUUUUAGGUGCUGCACGCUGGGAACACCAAUAAGAAUGGUUACAAGCUCAUUGCUGCCGAGUUCAGCGGUGUCAAUGUUGAGAUGGUGAAGGAUUUCGAGAUGGGUUUGUCGAACAAGACUCCCGAGUUUCUCAAAAUGAAUCCCAUUGGGAAGGUUCCUGUGUUGGAAACGCCGGACGGUCCUGUUUUUGAGAGCAAUGCCAUUGCGCGAUAUGUUACUCAUUUGAAGGCGGACAAUCCCCUUUACGGUUCUUCCUUGAUUGAAUAUGCCCUUGUGGAGCAAUGGAUUGAUUUUGCAACAUUAGAGAUUGAUGCCAAUAUUUUGCGUUGGUUCAUACCGCGUAUCGGUUUUGCAGUCUACCUUCCUCCGGCUUCUGGGACAUGUAUGAUCCAGAGGGUUACUCUCUUUGGUUUUGCGAUUACAAAUACAAUGAUGCAUGAGAAAACAGUCUCAUUCGUGACUUUAAACAAGGUGGGCGGCUUUCUGCAGCGGAUGGAUUUGGCUCGUAGAUAUGCGUUUGGGAAGAUGUUGGUGAUUGGAUCUGAUCCUCCUUUCAAGGGGAAGGGCUUGUGGCUGUUCCGUGGGCAAGAGGUUCCCCAGUUCAUAAUUGAUGAAUGUUAUGAUAUGGAACUGUAUGAUUGGCAUAAGGUUGAUAUCACUGAUGAGGAUCAAAAGGAGCACGUGAACCAGAUGAUUGAAGUUCAGGAGCCUUUUGAGGGGGAGGCCUUGUUGGAUGCCAAAUGCUUCAAAUGAUGAGACAAAGGUGUUCGAGGAGGUAGCUGUAAUGUUUCAGGGGUUUCUUUAGAGGGUCGUUCAUUCUGGUUGAUUGUGUUUCAGCAUUAUCUUUUGCUUCUCCUAGCACUCUAAUCUAUGACAUUGAUAGGAUAUGAUACAAUGUUGUCUGUUAUGUUAGGAAUAUCAAUUGAAUUACAUGGUGAUGAAGUUAACAUUUAUUUGCAAGUUAUAUUAGAUUUGUUCAAACAGGUGUGUUUGGUGACUUUGAAUA